CGGUGGAGAAGAGAGUGUGAGUUGUUUUGUUGUUUUCUUUACCUUUGCUGUUUGUUCCAAAAACCACACUCAAAAUCAACACAAGUUUCGAAAUUGAGCUUUCAAUUCAUUCACACAAACCCUCAUGUCCUAUCUUCACUCUGACCCAUUUGAUCAUAUGGACGAAGAUGAAUUCUUUGAAGAAUUAGAUGAACAAGAAGAGGAUUUUGAUGUUGCUGUUGAUGAAGAUGCUGCUCUUGAUGAUUAUGAGAUGCUUACUAAGGUAACUGAUACAUCAGCUGCCCAAGCAAGGAAGGGUAAGGACAUUCAAGGUAUUCCAUGGGAGAUGUUGAAUAUCACAAGAGAAAGUUACAGAUUAACAAGGCUUGAACAAUAUAGGAAUUUUGAGAACAUUCUAACAACUGGAGAGACUUUCAACAAGGAUUGCAAACAAGUUGACAAGGGUGACAAAUACUACGAAUUCUUCUAUAAUACAAGGAUGGUUAAGCCUACCAUCCUUCAUUUUCAGUUGAGGAACUUAGUAUGGGCUACUUCAAAACAUGACGUAUACCUUGUCUCGAACUACUCAAUUAUGCAUUGGUCGUCAUUAAGUGGAAACUUGUCCGAGAUAAUAAAUUUUGCUGGGCAUGUAGCUCCUACUGAGAGAUGUGCAGGAAAUCUGUUGGAAGGAUUUUCACAGACGCAGAUUAGCACAUUGGCUGUCAAUGAUAAUUUUCUUGUUGCUGGUGGCUUCCAAGGAGAGCUCACUUGUAAGCGUUUGGAUAAGAAGGGAGUUAGCUUUUGUACGCGGACCACACAUGAUGAUAAUGCUAUAACAAAUUCAAUUGAAAUUUAUGAAAGCCUGAGUGGUGCGACUCAUUUUAUAGCUGCAAAUAACGAUUCUGGUGUUAGAGAAUAUGACAUAGAAAAGUUUCAGCUUUUGAGUCACCUACAAUUCCCUUGGCCGGUGAAUCACACGUCGAUCAGUCCCGACCGUAAACUAAUGACUGUUGUGGGAGAUAACUUAGAUGGACUGCUAGUGGAUCCUCUAAAUGGGAAGACGGUCGCCACUCUGAGUGGUCACCAAGAUUACUCAUUUGCAUCUGCAUGGCAUCCUGGCGGAAACACGUUUGCAACCGGGAACCAAGACAAGACAUGUAGAGUAUGGGACGCUAGAAACGUGUCAUCUCCAAUCGCCAUUCUCAAGAACAACCUUGGAGCAAGCCGAUCAAUUCGGUUUUCUUCGGAUGGUCAGUUUAUGGUCGUUGCUGAACCAGCAGAUUUUGUCCAUGUUUAUAAUACAAAGACAAAUUACGAAAAGAGUCAAGAGGUCGAUUUCUUCGGUGAAAUUUCAGGAGUUUCUGUAAGUCCUGAUGAUGAAUGUAUGUAUAUUGGAAUAUGGGACAGGACUUAUGCUAGCUUACUACAAUAUAAUAGGAAGCACUCAUAUCAAUAUCUAGAUUCAUACUUUUGAUCUUUGAUUUUUGCACCCCCUUACUUUUGGAUUGAUGGUACUUUUAGAGCAAUGUGGGAUUAUAGAUACUUACAUUUACUUGACCCUUUGCUUUUUGUAGUAUUUUUUGUGUAGGUCAUAAAUUAGACCACAUCUUGUAUUUCUAAACUUUUGAUGUAAAUGUCACCAGAAAAAAAUGGAUAUUUAUUGGUUUUGAUGUUUUA